GAGCUGGCCAUAGCAGCAGAAGCAGCAGCAGUGGCCUAGCGGCAGCAGCAGUAGCGCGACUCGGCAGGGCGGCGCGGCUCGGCAGGGCAGCGCGGCUUGGCAGGGCAGCGCGGGCGCAGCAGCGUGCGGGUGCGGCGGUGCGCUUACCAGAGGCGGGAGUGGAGGGCCGGGGCACGUCGGCAGGGCAAGGGCCGCCACAAGGAGGGGCCGCGGCGAGGCGGCAGGGCAGGGCCGGGACAGCAGGGCCGGCAGGGCAGCUGCUGGCUCGGCAGCGGCAGCAGGGCCGCUACGGCGGCAGCAGGGGCGACGGCAGCUGCUGCAGGGCAGGUGGCCGCGACAGUUGCUGCAGGGGCGGCGAUGACGGGGCGGCAGGGGCCGCUACGACGAGCAAGCGGGCGGCGACGACGGGGCGGCAGGGGCCGCUACGAUGA